GAUCGCUAGACAUCCCGAAUACGUCACACUUUUUCUACUUGUACUUUAGAUUUUUCACGAAUUUUUCGUGAUCGAAAAAAAAGUCACGAUAUCGGUCUCUCUGAUGGAAUAUUUAUUUUAAUUCCUAUCGAUCCCUCGCGCGGGUUUACGACAGCUCGAGAAUGUUGUAUUACUCUCGCCGAUCGGAGAUGAUCGCCAGAUGACGAGCAGCCAAGGCCAGCCGUCCAACAUCUCUCGCAACGAGAGCGCAAAGAUUCUCCGCCGCGCGGGAGAACGUCCGUCCGUCAUCGCGGAACGGAAAAAAAAGGGCCGCCUCGUUAACGCGCCGUCUGACCAGGGUCAACCCCGAGAGCGAGCUAUAUACGAUCCCGAUACAUCCUAUAUCGAGGAGAGCAAUUCUUCUGUGGUCCUUCGAUCCCCACCUCGAUCGAUUCUUAUACACGCGGUAUGUUUUGUUCCCGACAUCCCUCUUCGCUCACCUGCCUCCCACGUUGUUUCCCGUGGUGUCUCACCUGGUCGGUAGCAUCCUUCUGCACUCGGCGCGACGAGGACUUUCUCCGAAAGACGGCCAACUAUAUAAGCGAGAUGCACGCUGUUUGAAGCACGUUAGACGAAAUCGCACGGGUGCGUCGAGCAGGCCACGUCGAGCCGCCGCGAUCUCGCAUCUGUUUCUUUUCGUUUAUCCCGUAUAUUAUCACGUACAUACGCGAGCUGACGGUAAUUGAAAGAGAUAAAAAAAAAAAAAAAGGACGACUACAGCGAGGAAGGAAAGCAAACUCGUGCAUGUGACUCGGCGCGACGAGUGACUCCGCGGAGGCAAAAACUACGAGAGUUCGGGGACCAUGAGGCCCGCGAGAAGCUGGGCCCCUUUGGCAGCAGCCGCGCUUGCAGCGACGGCUCUGCUCCUGAGACCCAUCCACGCCGAGGCGCCAAUUUCGGGCAACUACCUGCCACCCUCCACCAGUUAUGGCACCCCUAAUCUAGGGGGUGGCGGUGGCGGCUAUUCCGGCGGCGGCGGCAGCAGCGGCGGCGGCGGCGGCGGUUAUUCCGGCGGCGGCGGCGGCGGAAUAUCGUCAAGCUACGGCGCGCCUUCGAGCGGCGGCGGCGGAUUCGGCGGAGGUGGCGGAUUCGGCGGCGGCGGUGGCGGCAGCGGCGGAUAUUCCGGUGGUCGACCUUCCUCGACCUACGGGGCGCCCAGCCAGGGUGGCGGCGGCGGCGGAUACUCCGGUGGCGGCGGCGGUGGCGGGUACUCCGGUGGCGGCGGCGGCGGCGGCGGUGGCGGAUACCCCAGUGGCGGCGGUUCGCCGUCCUCCAGCUAUGGCGCACCCCCGUCGUCGAGCUACGGGGCCCCGUCCAGCGGCGGCGGUGGCGGCGGCCACGGCGGCGGCGGCGGUGGUGGUUUCGGAGGUGGUGGUUUCGGCGGUGGAGCUCCUUCCAGCAGCUACGGGGCACCACCCUCCAGCAGUUAUGGAGCACCACCUUCCAGCAGUUAUGGAGCACCCCCUAGUGGCGGAGGAAGACCACCAUCCUCUAGUUACGGAGCCCCGUCUCCUCCGUCCAGCAGCUACGGAGCGCCAUCCGGAGGACGUCCGUCCUCGAGCUACGGUGCGCCUUCCAGUGGAGGCGGCGGAUUCGGCGGAGGUGGUGGAGGCUUCGGCGGCGGCGGCGGCGGCUUCGGUGGUGGCAGACUCUCCUCGUCUUACGGGGCACCUUCUUCCGGCGGUGGUGGAAGACCGUCGUCCACGUACGGUGCACCUUCCGGUGGCGGCGGCGGCGGCGGAGCACCUUCUUCGAGCUAUGGAGCACCCCCUUCGUCGAGUUAUGGAGCACCCCCGUCUUCAAGUUAUGGGGCACCGCAAGGCGGAGGCGGCGGCGGCGGCGGCAGACCUUCCAGUAGUUAUGGAGCACCCCCAUCCUCGAGUUAUGGGGCACCUUCUAGCGGCGGCGGUGGUGGCUAUAGCGGCGGCGGUGGAUUCAGCGGCGGCGGCGGCGGAUUUGGUGGUGGCGGCGGUGGAUAUUCCGGCGGCGGCGGCGGCGGAGCCCCGUCCUCCACGUACGGCGCGCCUUCGGGAGGUGGCGGCGGCGGAUAUUCCGGCGGCGGCGGUGGAAGACCCUCUUCGUCUUACGGCGCUCCCUCCAGCGGCGGUGGCAGUUUCGGUGGAGGCUCUGGCGGUUACUCUGGAGGCGGCGGAGGCGGCAGGCCAUCAUCGAGCUAUGGUGCACCCAGCUUUGGCGGCGGCAGCGGCGGCGGCGGAGGCGGACAGAGUUAUGCCAGUAAUGGAGGGUACCAGUACUAAUCCAGACACGUGUUCAUCUCGACGAGACGAUCUCCGUGCUCAAUCGCGUCGGCUUCCGUUCAAGUUUCUCCCGGAUUGGACGUCCACGAGU